GUUUGGCUGCACAAGUUGCCAAUCACAAACCAAUCUUUUUGUUUUUUUUGGUCACAUCACAUACACACGACAGUCGUUAGAAUUUCACAGUUACCAGAAAUUUUUCCAUUUUGGCUUCUGUCUCUGUACCUAAAAGUGUUAAAGACCGGACCUUUGAGGGACAGGGGUUGUGGGGUUUUUGUUUUUUUGGUUUCUUGAUUAAGGAAUAUGCUCUGAUUCCUUGCAAGAAAAAUGGUUUCUUAAAUAUGCUGAUGUCUGUUCCUAAAAUAUAAAACAGACCCAAAUACUCGCUUUUUGCUCUCUUUCAUCAAUCAGUUGGUUCAUGUGAACUAGAAUUAUUCAUUGGGAAGAACUUUUAUCCAGCAAAGUGGUGGGAAUCUAAUACUGCUUGCUGAAUGGGGUCUGAUAAGCAGUCCAGUGGUCUGCUUGAUACUCUAAAAAUGGAGACAGUUAGGACAAUCUUAACUCAUUCUUAUCCUUAUCCACAUGAACAUUCGCGUCAUUUGGUCAUUGCAGUGUUUGUCGGAUGCUUAUUUUUUAUAUCAUCAGAUAACAUGCAUACACUUAUUCAGAAGUUAGAUAGCAAUAUCAAGUGGUGGUCAAUGUAUGCCUGUCUGCUUGGAUUCUUUUACUUCUUUUCAUCUCCAUUUAUAGGGAAGACAAUCAAACCAAGUUACUCAAAUUUUAGUCGUUGGUAUAUAUCCUGGAUACUUUUGGCUGCUCUAUAUCAUCUUCCCAGUUUUCUAUCUAUGGGAGUAGAUCUUAGGAUGAACCUGUCUUUGUUUCUGACCUUAUUUGUCUCAUCCAUUUUGUUUCUUCUCGUUUUCCACGUUAUUUUUCUUGGGCUUUGGUAUCUUGGCCUUGUUGCUCGCGUGGCGGGAAAGAGGCCUGAGAUCCUGACAAUUGUGCAAAAUUGUGCUGUAUUAAGCAUAGCCUGCUGUGUGUUUUAUAGUCACUGUGGCAACCUUGCUGUAGUAAGGGAAAAGACAUUUGGUCGGAGGAAUUUUGGUUGGUUUUCAUUGUGGAACAAGGAAGAGCGGAACACUUGGCUUACAAAACUCGUAGGCAUGACUAAGUUGAAAGACCAAGUCUGCAAAUCUUGGUUUGCUCCAGUUGGGUCAGCCAGUGAUUACCCCUUUUUGUCUAAGUGGGUCAUCUAUGGAGAGUUGACUUGCAACGGGUCAUGUGCACAAUCGUCAAAUGAAAUUUCUCCGCUAUAUUCAUUGUGGGCCACUUUUAUAGGCCUCUACAUUGCAAAUUACGUUGUGGAAAGGUCAUCAGGAUGGGCUCUUUCACGUCCUUUGUCACUCCAAGAGUUCGAGAAAUUGAAGAAAAAGCAAACGAAACCUGAGUUCUUGGAUAUGGUUCCUUGGUAUUCAGGGACAUCUGCUGAUUUGUUCAAGACAAUGUUUGACUUACUGGUCUCUGUAACUUUGUUUGUUGGACGCUUUGAUAUGCGAAUGAUGCAGGCGGCUAUGAGCAGGGUUGAAGAUGGGGCUAAGCAGGAGGAUCUUUUGUAUGAUCAGUUUAGUGGGAAGGAUGGUCUGUGGUUUGACUUCAUGGCUGAUACAGGAGAUGGUGGAAAUUCUUCAUACACUGUGGCUCGGCUUCUUGCUCAACCUUCACUCCGGCUCCAAGUCAAUGGUUCAAUGCGUACUCUGCCACGUGGAGACAUGCUUCUUAUUGGGGGUGACCUUGCAUAUCCUAAUCCAUCAUCAUUUACAUAUGAGAAGCGCUUUUUUCGUCCUUUUGAGUAUGCUCUUCAGCCUCCUAUGUGGUAUAAGGAAGAGCAUAUUGCUGUAAGUAAGCCUGAAUUGCCUCCUGAAGUGGAUGAACUUAGGCAGUAUGAUGGACCUCAGUGUUUUGUCAUCCCUGGAAACCAUGACUGGUUUGAUGGGCUUCAGACGUAUAUGAGGUACAUUUGUCACAAGAGCUGGUUGGGUGGUUGGUUUAUGCCUCAAAAGAAAAGCUAUUUUGCGCUUCAGCUCCCCAAUAGGUGGUGGGUAUUUGGUCUUGAUCUUGCACUCCAUUGUGAUAUUGACGUAUACCAAUUCAAGUUCUUCUCAGAAUUAGUGAGAGAUAAGGUCGGGAAAAAUGAUUCUGUGAUCAUUAUGACGCAUGAGCCGAACUGGCUUCUUGAUUGGUACUUUAAUAAUCUGACUGGAAAGAAUGUUACCUACUUGAUACGCGACCAUUUGAAAGAAAGGUGUAGACUACGGAUUGCUGGAGAUGUGCAUCACUAUAUGCGGCAUUCAUAUGUUCCAUCAAAUAAGCCUGUUUAUGUCCAGCAUUUACUUGUCAAUGGUUGUGGAGGUGCUUUUUUGCACCCUACACAUGUCUUCAAGAAUUUCAAAGAAAUAUAUGGAACAUCAUACGAGACCAAAGCUGCUUACCCAACUUUUGAAGAUUCAAGCAGGAUUGCAUUGGGCAAUAUAUUGAAAUUUAGGAAGAAAAACUGGCAAUUUGAUGUUAUUGGUGGCAUGAUAUAUUUCAUGUUGGUCUUUUCUAUGUUUCCACAGUGUCAGCUAGAUCACAUUUUAAAGGAUGACACCUUCUCGGGUCGCUUGGGAACCUUCUUUGGCACAGUGUGGGAUUUGUUUAUGUAUAUGCUGGGAUGCUCAUAUGUAUCAGCAGCUGGUGCUAUAUUACUUUUAACAAUUGCAAUAGUCUUUGUGCCUUCUAUGGUGUCUUGGAAAAAGAGACUACUAAUUGGGAUUCUUCAUGUGUCCGCACACUUGGCUGCUGCCUUGAUUCUCAUGCUCUUGAUGGAAUUAGGUGUUGAAAUAUGUAUUCGGCAUAAAUUACUUGCAACUUCAGGUUAUCACACUUUAUAUCAAUGGUACCAGUCUGUGGAGAGUGAGCAUUUUCCCGAUCCAACUGGCCUUAGGGAACGUAUAGAACAAUGGACAUUUGGCCUAUAUCCAGCAUGUAUCAAGUAUCUCAUGUCCGGUUUUGACGUUCCUGAGGUAAUGGCCGUUACCAGGAGUAAUAUUUGCAAAAAUGGGAUUGAUUCUCUCUCCCGAGGGGGUGCUGUCAUAUAUUAUGCAUCAGUCUUCCUUUAUUUUUGGGUCUUAUCAACUCCGGUGGUUUCUUUGAUACUUGGAAGCUACCUGUACAUUUCCAUCAAUUGGCUUCACAUACAUUUCGAUGAAGCAUUUUCAUCACUCCGCAUUGCAAAUUACAAGUCAUUUACACGGUUCCAUAUCAAUACCAAAGGCGAUCUUGAAGUUUUUACCCUUGCAGUCGAUAAGGUUCCGAAAGAGUGGAAAUUGGAUCCAAAUUGGGAUGGGGAGUCGAAACAGCCACAAGAACCAAGUUAUCUCCAGAAGUUCCCUAGCAAAUGGAGAGCUAAGGCCCCUCAGCAGGACCCUGUAAAUACCGUGCGAAUAAUUGAUCAUUUUGUCAUCGAACAGAAAGAAUAACCUGAUUCAGAACUAUCGAACGGGUAACUUAACCAAUGAGUAGUUUGAUUACUAACUCAUCUAGUGUCAUCCUGUACAAAUGUUGUAGGUUUAAAGUACUUAGACAGUAGUUGAUAUACAAGAAGUUUUUUAGGAUAGAAACAGGAUUGUAAAAGACAAAUCAAAGAUCCAUUUGGAUCAUAGUUUUGUUAAGAAAAGAGAAAUCCUUGUUAGUCAUUAUACUUUUCUUUUAAUUGAACCACCAUUCUCUUUUAGGAA